CGAAUGCAAGCGCUGCAAUGAGAGGCCAUUUUGCAAAGGAUUGUCCUCAGGCACCUGCCCCUAGAACCUGCCGUAACUGCGGAUCUGAGGACCACAUGGCGAGAGAUUGUGACAAACCUCGUGAUGUGUCAACCGUGACUUGCCGUAACUGUGACGAAGUCGGACAUUUUAGCCGUGACUGCCCUCAGAAGAAGGAGUGGUCCAAGGUCAAGUGCAACAAUUGUGGUGAAAUGGGCCACAUCGUCAAGCGCUGCCCCCAGGCUGCCAGUGAGAGUUUCGGUCAGGACAACAACGACACCCAAGCCAAUGGCGCGGGCGAUGAUUGGAAUACCGACACCGCUGCCCCCCUCCUGUCUUUGCUGCCGUCGCUGGCGGCUGGCUAUCCAAGCUCAACCGGGCGGGCCCGGAACUCUUCCAAACCAGAUCUGAAGGAAGACAUUCGGGGUGCAAUCGGGCAGAGGGCUCGCAUUGACUGUUGACUAUUUGUGAUGUUGUCGACGGAAGGCAGCCUUCCUGUCUGUGGUCUCGGAUA